CGAGGCUUCACAACAACCUACAGCAACCUAAAUGCCAUUCACUGAUCGCAGUAAUACUCUAGAGCUGGGUUGUUUAUUAACGUCACUUCCUGUGCGCCGUAGCGGGGAGAAAUUAGCUCCUCCGGUCGAAGCAGCAACUUUUCAAUAGAGAUCAGCCGCACAGGAGAAUCCCGCUGAUGGGCACCGAAGGGAUGCGAACACUAGCGACAUGGAGAGAGAAUGUGAGACGUCUGUAGUUGUCGCAGUUGUGACUGAGCCUCGGUUCGCCCAAAGAUACCGAGACUAUCUCGAGAAGCAGAAACUCUUGGAUAGACAGCACCGUGUGGAAAAGCUACGGGAUGGCACGGUGGCGCUGCCGGUGCUGGCGGAAACCCUUUCUGAGCUGCAUCUGCAGGAGCUGAGGAAUCGCGUGGCCCCUGGCAGCAUCUGUACGCUAACGCAGCUCCUGGAUCCUCUUCCUUCUAAAAAGGCCCGUGUUUGUUCACCUGCUCAAAGACUGUGUCUUGAGGUGAGGCGUUGGGUAGAGGACCGCGGAGUGGCGUGGUCCGCUGAAUUGGAGGCAGAUCUGCCCCGAUCUUGGCAACGGCAUGGUGACCUAAUGGUGCUUAGUGAAGACUGCUUCCAAGCCACGCAGUGGAAAAGUCUGGAACCAGAACUCUGGGAGACUGUUGCCUCAGCCCUUGGGGUUAAACGUUUGGCUAAACGAGGGCGAGUGUUACCUGAUGGUACUCGAACUCCGUCGGUGACUCUCCUGCUGGGUGACCAUGGCUGGGUAGAGCAUAUGGAUAAUGGCAUCCGGUAUAAGUUUGAUGUGACACAGUGCAUGUUCUCCUUCGGAAACAUCACUGAGAAACUUCGAGUGGCAUCCCUGUCCUGUGCUGGCGAAGUGCUGGUGGAUCUCUAUGCAGGGAUUGGUUAUUUUACAUUGCCUUUCCUAGUUCAUGCUGGCGCUGCCUUCGUACAUGCCUGUGAAUGGAAUCCUCAUGCUGUAGUUGCUCUAAGAAACAAUUUGGAGAUCAAUGGAGUGGCAGACAGGUGCCAAAUACAUUUUGGGGACAACAGGAAACUGAAGCUCUCAAAUACUGCAGAUAGGGUAAACCUGGGGCUCAUCCCCAGUUCUGAAGAAGGCUGGCCCAUUGCCUGCCGAGUACUUCGGAAGGAUGUUGGGGGUAUUCUGCAUAUCCACCAAAAUGUGGAAUCUUUCUCAGGAAAGAAUCCACAGGCACCUGGAAACAGUAACAUAGAAAAAGAGCCUUAUCCCCAGAAAAUUACGACUGAUAAACAGGGAAAUGGAACUACUGGGAAUUUCAGGGGGGAAGUCUCAUCAGCCAGCAAACCAGAGUGGCAGAGAUGGGCAGAAUCCACAGAAACUCAGAUCGCCUCUCUUCUUCAUCAAGUGCAUGGGAAACCAUGGAGGACACGAAUCCUGCAUGUCCACCCAGUGAAAUCUUAUGCCCCCCAUGUGGAUCACAUAGUGCUAGAUCUGGAAUGCCGCCCUUGCCCUCUAGUUGGCUAGAAGUGGUAGAUUUAGUAACACAGUAGAGCCACAUGAGUGGCCCUUAGUGCUUCAGCUAGGGCUGCGUUCUCACCCUUCUGUUUUCUAGUGACAUUUUAAAGUGAUUUGUGGUCUGAAAAUGAACUCUAGAUUGAUCCAAAGAAUUUUGUCUUCUGUUGAUCACAUUGAGAAUGUAUUAAAGUAUCAGAGGAAAGCAAUGUGACUCAUUAAGAUAGGAUUCAUCUGUGCAGACAUGAAUUCUGCAUUUUUACCUUAGCUUUCAGUGAUCUGGUCUUAAUAUUCAUUUGGCUUUGGAUUUAUUUGCAUAUAGAGUUUCCUUGAAUUGAACCACGUGGCUUUUUUUUUUCUAGUAAGUGAUACAGUCAUUAUUAGAGUGAAAUACAGUAUUGGUCCCACAGAUUACUAGCUACAUCAUGUGAAACCAACUGGUAAGCCAAGAUCAAAAUAGGGAAGCCAGUAUCCAUUUCUACAGAUGUUUUGUAGUUUGCACUAAGUGACAGUGGUCUGCACUAAGGUGGCAGCCAUGGGGACUUAGAAAGUACUAGGUUGGAAAAAAAUCAGUGUGACCAAAUUAUGAACUCCAAUUUGAAUCAUUAAUGUGAUGGUACUUUGUUACUGAGACUAAAUUACAGAGGAAGGGACAAUAAGUAGAGGCAACUUGAAUUCUAUAGCAUUCCUCAGUAGAGUGUCUAUGUGUGGGCGUGAGAGGGUAUUAAAUAUUAGAUCUUUUUAUUUUAUGUUAAAGAGAGUUAAAUACUUCUCUGUCCCAAUGCAGUAACUCAUGCCUGUAAUCUCAGCAUUUGGAAGGCUGAGGCAGGAUGAUUUCUGUAAGUUUAAGGACAACCUCGUGGUACAGAGUGAGACCUUGUCUUAAAACCAAGAGUCACUUCUCUGAACUGUAGGGAAUCUAAAGUUCUAGCCUUGGGCUGUACAAUAGCUGUACAAAAAUCCUAAGAUUCUUAUAGACCUUAAACUUUAGAUUUAUCUUCUUUCCCUGUUCAAGAAGCUAUCGGAAGAGCUUGCCUUUUGUCACAUGCUGUGAAUAGGCAGUUGGUGUCAGGUGUAGCUGGUAGAAUUCAUUUCACAAAGAGUUGUUCAAUCCUGAGUCCCACACAGCCCGGUUACGACAGGAAGGGAAAUAAAGAGAGCUGGAAAGGCAGAGCACUGGUUUCCCACAGUAUGACUUGUACCUGUAGUGGUCAGGUAAGCUGGUGUUGGUGCAGAGAUGUAGCAGGCAUUGCAAGGAGGCUGUUGAGUUUUCACACUGGAGAUGUAGCAUCCAGGUAUGCUAAAACGGGACUACAGGACUUUUUAUUUAGGAAAUUCUUGAACAGCAACACUAGCCCUGAAAAGUCUUUCUUUUUCAUUAAAAAUAACACACACACACACACACACACACACACACGAUGUCUAGAAGCAGCAGUAGCAGCUGUUGCUACCAUAAGUAAGAAACAUAUUCCGCAGUUUUCAAACCAUCUGAUUAUAAAACCUGAAGGCGAUCUACUAGUCACUGCCAUUGGCCACUAGGAUAGAUAAUCGCUGAGGAUCACACCGAGCUCUGUUUUGAUGCACUUUGAAGCCCUGUGAGCUGGUUUGCCUGAUGAAGGAGACAGACAACGGUGUCGUUUCUUCCUUGUCUUGCUAUAUAACCCGGGCUUUACAUGUCUUGGGCAUGCCUGCUUCUCUCUUUCUUGCAACAGUGGCAAUAAGGACUGUUAGUGCCUUUCCCACUAAGCACAAAUAUUCAGUGCCUUCUAUGUAAUAGGUACAGAAAAUAAAGGUCCAUUAGGUUAAAGAAGGUCUUCUCCCCAAGGAGCUCACGACUUAGCAGAAAUUACACAAGUCCUCAGUGCUGGGGUGGAGUAGCCGUCACACGAUAACUUGCUGGACAGAUGCAAAAAGGGGGAAGAAAGUUCUGACAAAUAAAUAGAAGUCUA